GAGAGUCAAAAGCGGGGAGCACAUGUGUGCUCGUUGCCGAGGAGGGCAAAUGGCAAUCCAUCCGCAGUGCGCGAUCGCGCGGCAGUAAGUAGUCGUGUCCUCGCUCUGAGAUCGCGAAGUCAGCAGCUCGUCUUAGGCAUAUGCAAUAAUUUUUCGUCGCGUCAUUAUAAUACUCUUGGGAUUCUCCAAGCUCUCGCAUAGCGUAAUAACAAACGAGAGCGCACAGUGCUGCGGAUUAACAAGGAACAAUAUAACAAUGCCGUGCAGAACGAGUUGACGGCGAUAGUCGUAUCGCGCGCGAGAGAUAAGAAGUGAAAGAUUCAAAACAAGAGAGGACAAGGUUAUAUUUUGACGGAUUGCGUCGUGUGCUCUCUCUCGAGUGAGAGAGGAGAGACAAACUAUUCCGGAUUCGAGGAGAAGAGCUAACUCGUUGAAAGCAUGGCAGACUUCGACGCGAUCUACGAGGAGGAGGAGGAACCAGAGCAGAAUCCGGAGGAGCACUACGUGACCAUCGUGCCCGACCCCAUCGUUGUCCGCGGCGCUGGCAACAUGACUGUAUUUGGCCUGAGUAAUAGAUUUGAAUCAGACUUCCCCAAUGGCUUGGUCUCUCGUGUUGCACCAGAGGAAUUCAAAGCAACAGUCUUAAGAAUCAACAGUGUCUUGAAGAAGACCCUUCCUGUCAAUGUGAAAUGGCUGUUUUGUGGCUGUGUCUGCUGCUGCUGUACACUGGGAUGUUCUCUGUGGCCAGUCAUUUGCCUCAGUAAAAGGACUCAACACUCAUUGAACAAAUUAUUGGAAUGGGAAAACAGCAGGCUUUAUCACAAAUUAGGUUUACACUGGAGACUGACAAAACAAAGGUGCGAUAGCUCUUCAAUGAUGGAAUACGUAUUACUUAUUGAAUUUAUUCCAAAAAUACCGAUUUAUAGACCGGACUAAAAAAGGAGUGAGUUCUUUUUUGGCAGUUAAGGGAAUGGUUUAAAAUAUUAUAGUCCAUGUUGUGUGUUACAUUGACAAAUGCGUAUAGUGAAGAUUAACUUUCGUCCUUAUGUUAACAUCAGUAAUAUGCAUUUGAUGAUGUAAACAUUUGUAUAAAAUACAUAUUUUUGUAAAUACCAUAUAUACCUAAGCUUAGUACAAUAAUUAUAUAGGAAAAUAGUUGAUAGCUAUUGUUUAUGCAUAAUUACUGAUUAAUAUUGGCAGUGAUAGCGAAUUUUUAUAAAUAUGUAUCCUUGUUGAUCUCGUUAAAGUGAAGAUUAUUUUUUUCAAAAUAAUCAUACACAAUUUUGUUGAUUUAUGUGAAUUUAUUAAAAAAAAAAAGAAAAUUGAAUCUGAUAAAUCUGUGUUAAUUGUUUAAGAGCUCGAUUCUAAUUGUGCAUUAAAAUACUUUAAAAUGAAUCCAAUCAUGCAAUAGCUUUGCUUAAUCAAUUUUUAUCAAAAAUCUCGGGUAGACGAUAAUUUGACAUGGUAGUUUGACAUAUACUAAGAGACACUUGAGCCUCAGUGAUAGUUGAACAUGCAGUUUGUAAUUAGCUAUGUAAGAAUGGCAUACAUUGUAAAUAUGUAUACAGCAACCAAAACUCCAAAUUGUAGCCUUGAGCUAAUUAUAUACACUUACCACGGUGAUAUUAACAAGUAAUAGGGUACCGUGUGAUCGCUAGAAUUUUAUGUUGUUGCAAGAAAUUUUAUAUGAGGAAAGAAACUGUGUCUGUGGCAUGACCUAAACAUCGAAGUUGUUAAGAUUUUUGUACGUCUGAUCUGCGGAAGAAGGCUUAAGUAUAAUUGCCUUAAAGAUGAGUUUGUUGUACUGUAUGUCACAAAAGACAAAUUUCCCGAUGCUGCUUUGGUAUUCAUAUUUAAAGAAAGUUUAAAUUUUUUUAACGGUCAUUGAAAAUACGUUUUUUUACUUUGUUAUUUGUAACGGAAACUACCAUCAACUUACAGUUUAUUUCAAUAUUAAUCUUCAAAAUGCCAUGUUGCUUAUUUGAGAUUAGUUAUUGAAUAUAUAUGUGUCUGCAAAGUUACAAUGUUGCUGCUACAUAAAGUAAAGGGGGCUGUGAUAAGAGCAGAAGACUAGUAUUUUGUUGCAAAAUUUUUUAUUCAAAAUUCUGUUUGUCAAGUAAUAUCUGGAAUAUUUUAUUUCCCUUCAAGGCAUUAAUAAAACAAAAGAUUUGAAUACAGCUAGUUAUUAUUGUCUGAAAAACACGUAUAAUUUUUAUUUUAAUCGCUAAAUGUUGUAGUAAAGUAAUCCGUCAGUACGAUGCAUGUAUGCAGUGAUAUAAUCAUCAGGAAUAAAUUAACGUUGAAAAAGCCCGUGUCUUCGUUUUUCAUGCAAUUGUUUACUGCAGCACUGCCAUGAGAAAGAACAAACUUAAGUGAAUUUUUCAAUUGUAGACAUUCUAGAUUAAUGAAUCGAGUGUAAACCUGCUUUUUAUUUCAAUUUAGCAAACCGAUACUAACAUUUCAUUUAAAACCUAUAAAAAAUUGCCUCAUCAGAGAUAUUAGCAUUUUGUAAACUACUGAAUUGAAGAUUUCAGAAAAUAUCUAAAUUUAAAAGAUAAAAUAUAAUUUUAUCGAUAUUAGUUUUAACAUGUGCCUUUUCGCUGGUUGAUUUGUCAGUGUAUAGAGAACAUUUUUAGGAUUUCAAAGUCAUGCAUGCAAUUUACCAUCAACGAAAAUAUGCUACUUUUUCGUUUGCUAACUUAAACCGCAACAGCUGUUUUCGACGUACAUAAAUAUGUUAAACUGUAAAUAAACAAAAUUGUACAUUAUACAUAAUAAGCAAUAGUUAUAUGAUGACGAAUAUAAUAAAUACCAUAUAUUUUAGACAAUUCAGAUGUCAUUCAUCAUCGUCAUAUCGAUGAAUUUACGCAACGAUAAUAAGAUAUUAUAUUUUAGGAGAGACUUAUGCUUUAAAUGAUAUUAGCGAAGAAAAAUCGUAAAGGCUGCUAUUAGAAUAUAAAGCAAUUGCUUGUUUAUUAUACACUGUUUAAAUCCGUCUGCGGAGGAUAGCGAUAAUAAACAACAACAAAAAUAUCAUAUCAUCACUUAGAUUCUAAAGCUAGCUCAGAGUCCCAGCGCAAAUGAAUAUAUCAAUAAUAUAAUAUAACGAUUAAAGCCGAUAUGUAUAUCUAUUGUAUAUUUAGGCAUUAAUUUAAGCGACGAGAAUCACGUAAACUAUGUAUACAUGUACAGUGUUGAGAAGAAUAAAAUUAAAAUAAUGUAUAUUAAUA